AAUGAGAGCGGAUUCGCAUAGUCUGGAGCUGUUCUCCGCCGAUGUUGGAAGCUCAGAAAACGUCCAAGUGAAGUCUUGUUUUGUGUUUGUGUUAUCUUGUAAAGACGUCAGUAUCGCGCCGAUUUUGCAUACCCGUUAAUCACAACAGAAAGAGAAAGAGUAGACGAUGAUCAAUCUCCGCCUGCUGCUCAUCUUCGCCCUCCUCGCACUCGUUGGGAAAGUGGCACGCGCCCAAAUCGCCUUUGUGGAGGACCAAGACAUUGAUAAGAAGAAGGCCAACCUUGCGGGUCGUAAGCCGCUUUACUCCCCAGCCCGAUGCCCCAAGUACCAGCUGCUUUAUCCCGGCGACCAGCAGCAGCAGAAUGACUGGGUCUGUGACUGUGCGCCAGCCACGCUGUAUUACCCAGAGACCGAUGCCUGCUAUCCAGCCUAUCGGCAGGGUCCCUGUGAGACUGGCCAGAUCUUGGUGCUCUACAAGGAGCGGAUUAUACCGGAGUGCGUGCGCAAUCCGUGCGGUCGCGAUGGACACUUUAUGGUCCGCAACAGCUGCUACCAGUUCGGCAACACCAAGCACGAGGAGAAUCCCUGUCCCUACAAGGAGGCCACCUUUGUGCUUGGCGUGAAUCCCACCACCCUGAUGGUGGACUGUGUCAAGCUGUCGGUGCAACUGGAUACGCGCAUCGCGGAGCCAGAGGAGCAGGCGGCUCCCCCAGAAUACCACAUUGAUCUGGCCGAGAAGUGCGGCCGCGGCAGUCGCCUCUCGGUCCAGGGAAAGUGCGUCUAGAAGGUCAACUCAUCUGUGCCUUAUCUAUUAAUUGUGUUCCGUUUUGGUGCUGUAUAACCCAGUGGAGAUUUUCAAAAACUAACAAAUAGUUUAAAGUUUUUCUUCGAUUUAAUAAAAAAAAACUUUCCUAAACAAA